AUGUCCUGCCUCAUCAUGUACGGUCCGCGGAGUACCAGCUCCUGCAAAUCCGUUGUAUUCCCAUCAUCCUCCCCAUCCCAUCGGCCGCCCUACGAUAUGCCGUCUUCAUCACACAACAUCCCAACAGCAUAA